AUGGAGAUGGAGAUUUGCGGCAACUUGAUGGGACAUUCCAAUCCCAACGCAGCCACUAAUCUCUCUUGGCCCAAUAAUACCAUUACCAAUAAUAACAACAACAGCAACAUUAUUUGGGAGCUUAAUUCCCAACAACCCCAUUUUCUAUACGCCUCUGGUGAACAUAACCCCACCACCCAUUUCCACCCUGACCCUCAUCUCAUGUGCUUGAACCUUGGAAAAAGGCACUACUUCGAGGACUCCAACGCCCCCUCCCUCAUCCUUGGCAAGAGAGCCAAGUCCCCCUUCUAUGCCACCACCGUUCCCCGCUGCCAAGUCGAGGGCUGCCAUGUCGCCCUCGUCAACGCUAAGGACUACCACCGUAGACACAGGGUUUGUGAGAUGCACUCUAAGGCUCCCAAAGUUGUGGUUCUUGGCUUAGAUCAGAGGUUCUGCCAGCAGUGUAGCAGGUUUCAUGUGAUUUCCGAGUUUGAUGAUUCCAAGAGGAGCUGUAGGAGGAGACUGGCAGGUCACAAUGAGAGGAGAAGAAAGAGCUCUCAUGAAUCAGCAAGGAACUGCACCCAAGCAGAAAACAAGUCGAUGACAAAUGGAAUUGCAUACGUACCAUCCCCGACGGGACGUGCUCUCUCUCUUCUGUCAUCGAAGAACGAAUCAUGGGCCAACUCAUCGGAGCUUUCACAGAGGUCAAGCGCCGCGCUCCGGGAACUGAUUGCGGAGAAUCGCGCCGCCAUCCUCGCUCGCCAAUUGAUUCUUGACAGAGACUGGCACUCAAACCAUGGAGCGACGGAUGAUUUCGGAGGAGGCGGCGUUGGAUUCCAGCAGCAGGGAUUGUAUUGCGAGCAGCAGCACAGCUGGGAGAGGAUGAACGAAAAUGGCGGUUCGCAUGUGACGUUGGAUCUGAUGCAGGCGCCGAGCUCGGCGUUUGGGUUACUCUCGGUGAGAGAGAAAUCGAAGGAAGAAGAUGAAGAAUGUUGCGAGUUAUGGAACUCCUUCAAUGAUCACGACCCUCAUGUUGUUUAAAAUUAAAUAUAUAUUAUAUAGUGUAUAUUGUUUGUGGAAUCCAUUUACAUUUCGAAGCUCUAUAAUUCUUUCUUCA